AUGUUUGCCUAUUCAUGGGAUGAACAAGUAUCACUUGAAUUUAUUCGAAAGCAAAUGGACAUGACUCGACAAACGUCUGUUGAUUGGGCCACUAUUCACCGAGAAGUUGUUUUUGACGGAAUGAUUAUCCGACAUGAAAAGAUCGGUGGUGAAGGGAAAGUGAUAGAAAUAGAUGAAUCAAAAUUUAGUAAAAGAAAAUACCAUGGAGACCAUCGUGUUGAAGGUCAGUGGGUGUUUGGUGGCGUAGAACUUGAAACUGGGCGAUGUUUCUUAGUUCCUGUUGAACACCGGGACAAAGAUAGGUAUGUUGUUGGCGUUAAUAAAAGACUGGAUUUUACCAGGAACUACAAUAAUUGGUGA